AUGGAGAGCCCUCAACAUUUUUCCCCUGCGAAGGAAGAGUUGAUUCAAUUGAAGGCAGCGGAUGAGUGUCCCCAAACUCCACAUGUGGAAGGAGCUACGAACAAUGACGCGGAUGGCCGUGAAGAUUCCAGCAAGCCCAAACUAUGUUCAUGGUGGAGGGACAGUGUCAGGGUCAGAGAAGAUGAUAAAGGUGUGAAUGGAGCAGUUGAAGAGCAUGAAUCUAGGAGAGAUGGUGACGAUGUAUGUAUCCCUGUAUCUCCCUUUUCCUUGAGCCACACUUAUGCUGAUGAGAUAGACCUGGCUGUGAUCAUCAGAGAAGACACGAAGGCGUCGGACACACGUUCCUUUCUCCAGACUUCCUCGUUCUGUGUUGCUGUAUCAGAGGAAGGGAGCUUGUUUGUCACGGUCAUGGCAAAUCACGUGGUUUUUGUGAACACCAUGAAGAUAUUCCUUCUCACAAACUUCAACGAAAGACUUUCAUUUCUUCCUCACCUUCUUGCCCUUGCUGAGCAACUCAGAAUUUAUGGAGAGAAUCCAGACUGGAAGAGGGAACCAUCACCCUCUCCAUAUGAAGUCAUCAAUGUUCGAGCACAUGAAUCAGAAGGCACCAAUAAAUCUUCCAUUGAGAGGCUUUUCAAUGAUACCUGUCAGAAAGACAUCAAGAUGACAAACAAAGACAUCAGGGUUGUUCAGACCAGUUGGCAACACCAGUACAGGAGUCUCCAAGAAUAUGUUCAACCUGUUUUGGAAAGAGCAAGUAAGUAUGACUUGAACAUCACACAGAUCCAGCUUGAACCUAUUGACUGCAUUGAGCUUCAAGUGAAACGCAUACGACUGAGAGCGGGGUCGACUCUCCAUGCCCACUUCCAUGUCCUGGACAUUGAAUUCACACAAUGGCUCCCUUGGGAAGGAAAAAUGAACAUGAUCCAAAUGCGGGCGGCCAUCUUGAACCGCCAUGUCUACUAUGGCUACGCAGGAGUUUAG